AUGAAUUUGAUGUUUCGGAAGAACUUUAGGGCCGAGAAGUCAUUCGGCGGCGGUGGAGGAAAGCACGGGGGAAAAGGUAACGCCGGAAGAAACAUGGGAAAACGGUCGCGGGAGCACGGAUAUGCAGGCGUCGAGGAGCACCAUUAUCGCACGCAUAUUUUCUUCAGCCCGACCCGUAGUAGCUUUCAGCCAGAACAAGUAAGUUUUAGUGGCGGGUCAACGAACACGACCGUCGUUACCAAUGCACAACCUAGAACAGAGCCAAUAUCUUUAGCAACAUUAGAUAAAGAUUGCUUCAUAAUACCCGUUCAUAGCUUAGACAGAUUUUUACCAGCUGGAGUACCGCUGCCAACCCCGUCCUCAACCAUAUCUUCCACGGAAACCACCGCAACAUCGCCAGGGCCCCUUAGUGUCCUCGAGGUGGCCGACCCAAAGUUGUGCGUACUUGCUCACCUCAUGAGCCCUUUAGAACCAAUAGAUCCUCUUUUAGAAUCCCCUUUGGCUCAUCCAUUAUUCAAACAAAGAACGGCUGCUUCAGAAUUGCUGACCGAAGUUCAACAAACAAAUACAGCACUUAGUGGAAUGUUAUUGGCCAAUAUGGAAAGAAAUGCUGAAUUUCCAUUUAUAUCAUACUAUGUGAUCAAUACGCAGCAGAAUGAUCCUGCAUUAUUUUACAGUAAUUUAAGAAGUGCUUCUUUGAGCAAAUUUGAACCAAGAGCUUUAAGAUAUACGGCAGCACAUACAUUAGACCUUUAUUGUGAAGUUGCUGCAAUAUGUCGUCCACCUUUACGAGAUGUUAGUGCAGUUAAAAGAAGUCAUACACCCACUACUGGAUAUAUCAUUAGCGUUUAUAAGGUAUUCGAAGGUGACGACGGCGAGCGAUUUGAACGCAACUGGCUGUACUGGACGGGAGCCAGGAUGUUGUACCGUUACCUGCCGCGAGCAGCAGGACUGAGGCGCAUUGCAUUACACAAAUCCGUCUCUUCUCGCGGGGACAAAAUGUAUCUGUUAGUUUGCGAAUGCGCUCAUUUACUGCAAGAUCUCACAGCCGCUGCUUUAUUGGUUCCUGCAUUAAGAGCUAGACUAUGCGGCUACACCGGCCUGUAUCGACCUAUCCAAACUUUUUAAUAAUUUACUUCAGUUGGCUGAAACUUAAUGUUAAAAUGGUUUGAUGUCUAUGCUGAGGGCAGUCUAAAACAUUAUGUUUAGCUGCAAAGUGAACCAUUGCUCUUCACUAAAACAGAAAGACAAAGGACUGUCGCAAUAAUGCUUAAAUAAAAUAAUUAUAUUUUUCAA